GGAAUUUCUAGAACCGUAAUCCUUUCGGAGCCGAUUCAAACCAUCUCUCGCACAAGCUGAAGAACUCUAAGCGAAUGGACGCCAAGCGCCCUUGUCUUCAAUCGCGCCAGCUUGCCAUCUAACACUCGGAGUUUUGCACUCGAAGACCGAGGACCCGCUGCACUUUUCACUGCCAGUUGGAUCCCUUCAAGACUGCUUUCACCGCCGCAUGCAGACGGAUCGCAAGACGCACAGUUGACCGUGACUUUGUAGCGCCGAGCGUUGGAACCGCCCACGGUUGUAGUAGAAACAGCAGAAGGCGCCGGCUGCUUCGAAGUCAGUCAGCUCCUGCCGUCCGAAGCCGCUCUCGAGAAGCACCGCGCCAAGUCCGCCAUGGCCGUGUCCGCCCGCGCACGAGCUCACUCUUGAGGAAAGUCUCGGAGGGCCCGCCCGUCUAUGCUUUAGACCAGGAAUCAUUGCUUGUGUCGUGACGUACUGCGGCAUAGCCAAGUGGUGGACGAGUGUGCUUCUUCUGCACAUCCCAAGACGAGCGCGGAGACCUACCCCAAUCGGAUAUGAAGCAUUCGCGCUGAGCCUUCCUGGGUAGGAUAUCCUUGGGCUCUGGUUCGAUGACGACAACGCAGCAGUCGCGCUACCGUGAUAUCGAAAUCAGCCGGCCGAUGAGGUCUCGCUUCCGCGCUGUGGCAGCAGCCUCGAUUCUCGGAUGCGCGGCGCAGGCGCGUCUCCUGGCGACAGCACGAAGCCCGGAAUGCUCGUUUCUGACAGGGGCCCAAACACAUCCCGACCCCGGCGCCCCACAAUGGGGCUAUCGCAGUGGAUACAGACUGGCUUCGCGGGUAACCAACGAUGGGGUGCGUGGAUGUGACAGACCGCGCCCUCCAAUUUCUCGUCUUGUGCUCGCGGGCUUUUUGGCGUCCGGGUCUCUACACCGAUUUUCGGUGGUGACAGCAUGAGAUUGCAGCUGGGAUAAAUGCGCGCACCCGAGAGGAUUGGAUUCUCAGUUCCUUCCCCCUCUCCACCCACCCUCCCUCUCCUCUACAUCUGAAAUGGCUGGCCCGACAUCCGUUUCAGCAGCUAACUCGCCGACUCAGCAGGCGGCGGACAAGAAGGCUGUCGACGACGCUGUCUACGACAAGAUCCCGGCGCAUCGCAAAGGAAUGAUCACCUUCGUCCUGGCGCUGUGCGGCUUCCUGGCCCCGUCCUCGUCGACGAAUAUCCUGGCUGCCGUCCCCGAGGUCGCUGCUACUUUUCAUACAACCGGCACUGUCAUUAACCUCUCAAACGCUAUCUAUCUUAUCGUCAUGGCAUUCUCGCCGUGUUUCUGGGCGCCCAUGAGUCAGGUGUACGGGAGACGCUGGAUCUGUGUCUCGAGCGCCUUCAUGUUCUUCGGAUUCUCGCUGGCUACCGCAUUUAGCCCUAAUCUGAUUGCGUUCUUUGUGUUCCGAGCCUUGACUGCGUUUCCCGGCAUGUCGUUUUUGACGGUCGGAUCCAGCGUCAUUGGGGACAUCUACAGACCGACUGAGCGAGCCACUGCGCUGUCGUGGUUCCUGUCCGGGACUCUCGUUGGGCCGGCCGUCGGACCGUUCAUUGCGGGUGUGAUCGUGACCUACGAGAGCUGGAACGUCAUCUUCUACGUCCAGGCAGCUCUCAGCGGCAUCGCCACGCUUCUCGUGAUCUUCGUUAUCCCGGAGACCAUCCACCACAAGCGCUCUGCGGAGCUGGUGGGCAUGUCUGGGAUCCAGAAGACCAAGAAGAUCAUCGAGUGGUCCAACCCGUUCCGUGUCUUCAAGCUGUACAAGUACCCCAACCUGCUUACCACGUCGCUCGCCGCGGGCGCCCUGAUCUGGAACAUGUACACGCUGCUGACACCGAUCCGGUUCGUCAUCAACCCCCGAUUCCACCUCACCUCCCCGAUGCAAUCCGGGCUGUUCUACCUCGCGCCUGGGGUGGGGUACAUCACCGGCACGUUCCUCGGCGGUCGGUGGGCCGACCGCACGGUCAAGAAGUGGAUCGACAUCCGCGGCCGGCGCAUCCCGGAGGACAGAUUGCGCAGUGGGCUUCCGUUUAUGGCUUUUGUCAUCCCCGGGUGCAUGCUCAUCUACGGCUGGAGCAUCGAAAAGAAGAAGGGUGGCAUCGUUUUGCCUGUUAUUGUUAUGUUUGUACAAGGUGUUUCACAACUCUUCUGUUUCCCCAGCUUGAACACCUACUGUCUUGAUGUCAUGCAAAGCCGAUCCGCCGAAGUUGUUGCUGGCAACUACAUCACUCGUUAUACAUUCGCCGCCAUCGGCUCCGCUGUCGUUCUCCCGGCCGUCAAACACAUCGGCGUCGGCUGGGUCUCGACCAUCAGCGCCCUGUUCGUCUUCCUGGCGGCCAUUAUGAUCCACUUCACCACCCUGUACGGUGAAUCGUGGCGUGACUGGAUCGACGGGACGCCCGCGACCGCCGUGCCCGACUCGCAGUCGUCCAGUGUCACACUGCAGGACAAGGAGAGAGUCUGACGCGUGCGCAGGGUGCAAAGCCUGAAUCAAAUACAAAUAAUCUGUUUAAUAAUUAGUUGGACUAGUGUAUGUAUGCACUAUACCCAAUGGAAUGACGCCCCGCUUUGUUUGUUUGUACAUCACAUGACCGUACCUCACUUCGACCUUGUUGCCGUUCACGCUCAUGAGUAGCGCUAAACGACCCCAUCAAUCCGAAGAUGCCGCGGACACACCGCGCGCAGGCCCAAGCAAGCGCCCCCGGCUGCCCACAGGGCCCGAUGGCUUCUCCAAGCCCAAGCCGAAGGUCUUUCCCAAGCCCGUCAUGCCCAAGUUCACCUCCGCGUUUGGGGAUGAGCCGGUGAAGCCGCGGUCUACUACUACUCCGCGUCCGCAUCCGAAACCACUCCCAAGGCUAGAUGUCGAUGCGUUCAGAGACUUCGUGGGAGGCGGCGCCAAACCCGUUCGCAAAUCCCCGCUGCUGCCGCCGCCUCCGUCGCCGCUCAUGCGGGCCCUGAAGCCGCCGGUUCCUCUGUUCGGGGAUGCCGCGACCGAGCCGGAUCGACCGCGCCCGCCGCCGCCCCUGCCACCACCCGCCGCGGCGGAGCGCGAGACGCCCAGCCCGCUCCUGCGCCGUCUCGCUGCUCCCGCUCUGCCGAGCCCCACCCCGGCGCCUGCAUUCGCGAAGAAGACCGACGCGCCGCUGAGGCUGAUCCCGGCGCCGGCACUAGCGGCGAAGCCGCGCGCGGCGGUCCUCGCGACGAGCAUCACCACGACGCACGUCGCGCGCGCCACGGACCCGUUGGGCGGCACCGGUGCUGCGGCGGAUUUCGCGUCGAUCUUCAUGCCCGGGUAUGCGCCUCCGGACGAGGUGGAUGAGGAGACGCGCGGGGUCUUGAUGAGUCCCGAGAAGACGUCUGCGAGGCGGGCCAAGGACAAGUAUCACUCGAGGACGGGCCUCGCUGCGUUCGCAGACGCCGUCUACACCCGCCACCACGCGUCACUCGUCCUCUGGGAGAAAGAGCUUGCGCACUCCGCUUCGGCUUCGACGGCGCGCCGGGGGCUCACCUGCGCGCCAGACAUGCGGCUCAAGGUCCUACGCGUCCUGCACACGCCGAUCCCGUCCGCCUCCGCCGCGUCCAUUCCCGGCAUCGCGCUCUGUCACGUCCUGUCCGACGCGACCGCGUCGACAUCGGGCAUACACCCAGUUUUGUUCUCGUUUUCCGCUACUGCUGCUGCUGCUGCUGCUGGCUCGGGACCUGCGUCGCUGCGCAUCCGCGACCCCGCGCGAUUCGCAUUACCGUCGUCGGCCGAGGGUGCGCAUGUCUCGGUGUGGAAGCCGUGGCAGACGCUGUCCGUCGAGGCGCUCCCGGCCAGCAUCCUCGAAACAGACGCGGAGCUGGACGUGCUCGAUCUGUUGGCCUCCCGUAUGAAGACGAUAUCGGACGUCGCGCUGAUCUGCGACCGGUUUGCGUUUGUGGAUGGGUGAGAUGGACGCGUGUGGGUGUGUGUGCUAUGUAUGAAUGAAUGCAUGUACUCAGCAGCAGCCUUGCCAACCAGGAACUCUGGAUCGCCUCAUGUCUUCUCUGCAUUGUCAGACGGGAUCAUCGGAAGACCCCGAUCUGUAACGAGGCUUAUUUGUGCUGAUGCAUCACGGGAGAUGGGCGCUGCUUGACUUAGAAGGAACAAGACAUGCACUCGGGGGUUCUCAGGGACGAUCCUGUCCAAGCCACCGCCGGAUGUCUUGCGAGCCGUCGACGAAGAAGCGCAUAUAUUCUUUGCGGUUCCACUGAUAUCUGAUGUCGUAGCCAAAGCCCCAGCCCUGUCCCCCCGUCAGUCGGCUGUGCAAGCGCUUGGCGGUCGAUGUGUGCGGGUGCUCACCUCUCGGAACACGGCAAGGACGGCGAGGACGAGGACGACCUGCCACGGCGACUGGGCAUCGAGGCGCACCUCCGCUUGUUGGUUCUGCGAGACAGAGAGAGUUAGAGAGAGGCUUCAGCGGGACAGUUGCGGUGGGCGUGCAGCGACGCGACUCGCCUCUAACGCUACCUGAAGGUUCUUCAGUCUCAGAGAACAACGCGGUUCCGAGCGCAUCUACUCACAGUCACAUCCAGCGUCUGCUCUUGGCCCAUUGGAGGGGAUCGUUGCUGCCCCAGUCUUUGCGGCCGCGGAGGCUCAAGCGGGCGUGCGGGUCCAAGCGGAGAUCGCUGCAUGUGGGCGGAGGGAUAGCAGUGCUGGUCGUUGUACAUGGGCAUGGCUGGGGGAUCUGAGGGGAGAGGGCAGGGAAAGGGAUCGGCCCCACUGUUACUGUACAAGUAUUUAUGCCGCGGAGCGGCCGUCUCUCCAUCCCUCAAUUUUGAUGUUUUGGUGGUGUGUGCAUUUGAAGGCUCGGUGCUGUGCUACCGCUUCGAUCCCGAGAGCUUCGCACACACAAAGAAAUAUAUCAAGAGGCUGCCGCUGUACUGCGAAUCGAAGACGAUGGCCCGGCCGUUGCGUAGAGGCCGUGGGCCGAAUGCGGCUCCCACACACCCAAGGUUCUUUUCUUUUCUGUGAUUUUCAUCUACAUCGUUGGCCCAUCCGACAUGGGAACACGGAAUAGGAAGUGUG